GUGGGGGAAGGGCUCUGCAGGUAGUUGGGGGAAGGGUACCCCCCAGCAGCUGCCUCCCCAGUCCCCGUGCUCUGAGUGUACCAGGUGGAGUGCUGCCAUUGGCGGUAGGACACAGCGGUGGUCCUCAAGCCCUGGGUUCAGGCAGGGGUGGUGGGGGAAGAGGCCGGGAGUGGCUGUCCUCCAGCCUACAUGUGACCUUCCACAGCGUGCCAAGAGUUGGUGAGGUCCCAGGGACAGAAGACCAUAGGGAUUCUCAGGCCCCCAUGCCUUGCUCCGCACUCUUUCUGCUCCUGCUCCUGCUGCCUCCUCACAUUGUUACAGCUGGGAGCCUCCGAUACCAUGGCCCUGGCUGGAAACUCUUCCCCCGCCUGGGCAAAGGCUUCAGAACGUACAACCAACGCCAGAUCCAACACAUGAGGCAAAACUUGCGCCAGGGUCGAGCUGAAGAGGACUGUCAGGGUAUUUUCGACCUCUACUUCAUCCUGGACAAGUCAGGCUCUGCGGCCAAACACUGGAAGCACGUUUAUUCAUUUACGGAGAAUUUGGUGAAGAAAUUCCAGAACUCUAAACUGCGGAUGUCCUUCAUUACCUACUCAACAGAUGCUGACAUUCUCAUGCCACUCACCUCAGACAGAGAAGCAAUCGACGAUGGCCUUUUCAGACUCCAGAAACUGGUGCCUGAAGGACGUUCAUACAUGCAGAAAGGAUUUAUGAAGGCGAAUGAACAGAUCCGAAAUGCCACCUUGGGAGGCAACAGUGUCAACAGCGUGAUUAUCGCUCUGACUGACAGGCCAUUGAUGAUACACUCGUAUAAGGAGACCUUGGAAGAGGCCAACAAAGCUCGGAGAAUGGGAGCAACCGUUUACACCGUGGGUGUGCAUGAGUAUAACAAACAGCAGAUAAUCGAGAUCGCAGAUAGCCCAAAUAACAGUUUUGGGGUUGACAACGGGUUCCCUGCUCUGCAGGACAUCAUUGACAUGCUUGUUUCCAAGUCCUGUACUGAAGUGCUAUCCGUGGAGCCUUCCAAGGUGUGCAUAAAAGACUCCUACAAAGUAAACAUUAGCGGACAUGGGUUUGACAAUGCGAAAGCCCUGAGCCAAGUUCUUUGCAGAUUCACCUUCAGUGACUCCAGAAUCGUCGACGAAGCCCCCAUCGACAAGAGUGAGAACACUAUAUCCUGUCCUGGACCAAAGAUACUGCAUACUGGCGAGGAAGUCUUUCUCGAAGUCAGUCUGAACAACGGCCUCUCCUUCAUUGGGAACAAACUCAUCAUAACUGGUAACAGCUGUGGGGGUACUGAGGGAGACGCAUUCAGCGGCAGCAGGAGCGGUUCCAUACCCAGCCAGCUGCAGCAGGAAGACCCCGGCCUGGUCCCAGUUGACACAAAGCAAGCCGACCCAAAGCAAGCCAACCCAAAGCAAGCUGACUCAAAACAAGCCGACACCAACGACACAAAGCAAGCCGACACCAACGACACAAAGCAAGCCAACACAAACGACACAAAGCAAGCCGCCGUCCCAGUCUCCAGGGCCAUCAACAAGCCGGCAAAAGACAGCACGGACUUCGACUGGAACUUGCUUCUCUUAAUCCCGGUCGUGCUGGUGGCUGUCCUGCUGCUGCUGUGCUGCUCUUGGAAGUGGUGCCGCAGGAAGCCUAAGAAGCCGCCGCCACCUGCACCACCGUCGGAGAAGGGAAGCCUGGACACAUGCUACAACUACUUUCAGCCAAGCUGCCACCAGAUGCCAUUGGUGUGGUGUCAUCCCAAGGUCCAGGGGCGAUGCGCCAACUUCACUGUCGUGAAUCCCGGCUGCUCAUCGGCCUCCUGCAGCCCAAAGAUUUGCCUCAGUCCCAAUAGAAACUGUUUCCAUCUCACACAAGCACCGUGCACCUCAAGGCUUGUCCUUCAACCCAACGGGGAGUGUUUCAGCAUCCCACAGGCAUCCUGUAGCUCAAAGAUCUGCCUGGGAAACAGCGGAGAAUGUCUCCCUGUUACACAGACUCUGUGCUCAAAGAUGUGCCUACCAAAUCAGAAGUACUACGCUAUCAACUAUCCACAGUCCCCAUGCCCAACCGGGUGUACUGGGUCUCCCUCCAGGAUGCUACCUCUGCUCACUCCCCACACCCGCCAAUCUGUAGAAUCCCUUUGUCACACCCACCCUCGUCGCCCAUCCUCUAAAGGACAAAAUUUCUAAGUUUAAGAGGCUUUUGUUUAUUGCAUUGGACACGUGGACCAGGUCUUAGAUUGUAGUGAGAGAGCUCUGGUUUGCUGCUAAUCAGCACGCUCCAUAUCUAGAAAGAUGCUCACCAUCUGAGAUGAGAUUAUGCUGCAGGUACCAGGCAAAGCCCUCUGGUCCCACUUCCUACAAGUCUGUCUUCAUCUAUCUGCAAAGGCUGGGACGAAUGGGAUCAUCCUCGAAGGUCUCUGUGAAAUUGCCCCUCCCAAUCCUUAAAUGCCCUCCUGAGUUCUAUUUCCCUAGGCUUUUGCAAAGAGAAGUACUUGAACUUUUCAUCUGGAUUGCAUGUUCCCGGUUUCCGUUUCCUACAUCCUUGAAUUUUGAAUGUGUCCUAGGAAGAAAUAAAUCCCCUUCUGGAAGCAAGACUUCUCUUUCUAGAUAUGCCAUGUACCCCCCACACCCAAGAGAGCCUCCAAACUGUACUGGAUCAGGCAAGCCUCACCUGUGUGUCCUUUGAAUCAGGCUUCAACAGAGCUGAGUAUUACAGUGUUAAGCCACCCAACACGUGCACCAUGUCUAUGUGAUCCUGCAGGGAACAGGUACACCAGCGUGAUGACCC